AUGACUACGAUUAAAGCAUUAAAAACAGAAAAAAAAAUCUCGUGGACAUUUGAAACUGUUCCGCUUGUUUUAUUCCACGACAAAACAACAUUUGAAGAACAUCUUGCUCAAGCAAUAAUGCAGCAUCACUUGAUUGAAGCGAAGAAGGUUUUAAAAAUGCGAAGGUUGUACAAAUGCAAUUGUUGUAAAUAUUUCGGGCGUUUUACUGGAACGAUCCCAACUCAUCAUCAGCUUAAAGGCGAAUACGAAAUUGAUUCAAAUUACAUCGAGAAAUGUUGGAAUUAUAAUUGUUUGAACUUCAAACAUUCACAUCAUAAAAAUGUGCUGAUAGUAGGCUGA